AUGUCUACUACAACCACUACCACAACGCCGUCUCAGUUCCAAGACCCGAUCCUCGUCGGGACCCGCAUCCGCGCGCAAACGGCCCACACCAUCCCAGCGGACCUCCCUCUCGAGCUCGACUUCUCUGAGAACUCGAGUUACACAAUCACGGACCAUGUCCGUGAGCUGCACGCCAAGCUCACGACUCCGCGCUCUCCGCGUCUCGCGUUCGUGAUCGACCGUCUCGUCACGCAUCUCCACGCGUUUGCGCGCGAGGUCCAGCUCACGCAUGCGGAGUGGGCCGAUGCCGUUGCGCUCGUUGAGCGUGCGGGGAAGGAGAGUAUUGGGGGGAAGAACGAGGUAGUGCUGCUCAGCGACUGCCUGGGACUCAGUGUACUCGUCGAUGAGAUGGAGCAUCCACGUCCUGUUGGCGCCACUGAGGGCUGUGAGGAGGGCCCGUUCUAUACGAAGGACUUCCCAGAGGUCCCAUCUGGCACGUCGAUCGCGCACGCAGACACCGCGGGACAGCCGUUGUUCUUCGAAGCCACCGUCAAGAACUUGAAGGGUGAGGGCGUUCCGGAUGCGAAGGUCGAGGUAUGGCAGUCGGAUGGUAAUGGAACGUAUGAUGUCAUGUACGAUGAACCGCCAGCUGAUGGAGCAGACGACCGCGCGCGUAUCAUAGCCGAGCCGUCAGGCCAUCUCUCGUAUCGCGGAGUCCUGCCCGUGGCAUACCCCAUCCCAGACGAUGGACCGUGUGGCACAAUGCUUGCAGCUCUGGGUCGCCACCCGCACCGCGCUUCGCAUCUUCACUUCCACAUCACCGCGCCGGGAUACGAUUCGUUGACGACUGCGCUCUACCCUUCGCAUAGCCCAUUCCUCGGGACGGAUCCAGUCUUCGCGACGCGCAAAUCGCUGAUCUGCAAACUCGAGCAGGUCACCGAUCCUGCGAAGUGGGCCGAGUGGGGAUUCGACAAGGAGGACGUUGCCAAGCGCGGCGGUAGGGUGUGGGUCUGGCGUUACGGUUUCGUUCUCGCGACAGUGGACGAGGUCAAGCAGGAGAGGGAGAGACGCCGUGCUGCAGCUUCGAAGCUGUGA